AUGAGGAUCCACUGCAGGGUCGCGGCGAUCGCGCUGUGCCUCGGACUUUUCCUACUUCUGUACUUUUUGGGGGGCAACGGCGCGGACGAGCCGCCGCUCAAAGAAGUUGAGAAGAAGGACGAGCAGUUUCCACCGUCCAGAGUGGCCAAGCAGUCGCGGGGAGAGCCGCAACGAGACGACCGUGCGAACCGAAAAGAACCCCGGAUCCCCAGCCGAGGAGCCAGCGUGAGCGCGAAGCUGAGGCAGAAGAGUGAGCUGGGCCGGUCGAAGGUCACCCGGGCGGAGGACGUUAUGCACCUUGCUGUAGUCGCCUGUGGGAACCGCCUGGAGGAAACGCUCACUAUGGUGAAGUCGGCGCUGCUCUUCAGCAUCAAGAAGAUCAAGUUUCACAUCUUCGCAGAAGAGGAUUUGACGGAGCAGUUUGAGAAAGGGCUGAGCCAGUGGCCGCGGCCUCUCACCUCCAAGUUCCAGUACAGUCUGUACCCGAUCACCUUCUCUGUGGGAAAUGCUGAGGAAUGGAAGAGGCUCUUCAAGCCAUGUGCUGCCCAGAGGCUCUUUCUUCCAGUGAUCCUGAAGGAUGUGGACUCGUUACUGUACGUGGACACCGAUGUGCUCUUUCUCCGGCCUAUGGACGACAUCUGGAAGUUCCUGAAGGCCUUCAACAGCACUCAGCUGGCAGCCAUGGCUCCAGAGCAUGAGAUCCCCAAGAUUGGCUGGUAUAGUCGCUUCGCCAGGCACCCUUUCUAUGGCGUCACUGGGGUCAACUCAGGGGUCAUGCUGAUGAAUCUUACACGGAUUCGGAGCACCUUGUUCAAGAACAGCAUGAUAGCUGGCGGCCUGUCAUGGGAGGACCUGCUUCAUCCGCUUUACCAGAAAUACAAGAAUCACAUCACGUGGGGGGACCAGGACCUCCUCAACAUUAUUUUCCACUACAAUCCAGAAUGCCUGUACACAUUUCCCUGCCAGUGGAACUACAGGCCUGAUCACUGCAUGUACGGCAGUAACUGCAAGGGGGCAGAGGAAGAGGGUGUGUCCAUUCUUCAUGGCAACCGUGGAGUUUACCACGACGACAAGCAGCCAGCCUUCAAAGUUAUAUACGAUGCCAUACGCGAUUAUCCUUUUGGGGAAAACCUGUUCCAGUCCUUGUUUUACCCUCUCCAGACCAAAUUCCUGGACACGGUCAACACGCUGUGCGGCAGAAUUCCUCAGGUGUUCCUCAAACAGAUCGAGAAGACCAUGAAGGCCGUUUUUGAGCAGAAAGUGAUCCGGCAUGCUCGAGCGCCACACAGACAGCGACGCUGAACUGCUCCGAGAGCCGCCUGGGAACGACAAGGUGAAGCGCUGAUUCUCCACCAGAAUGUUUUUAGAAAUGGAAGAUGUGCAAUACCAAGGACUUCUGGUGUGGCCUCCAGACCAGCAUCCUCCGCCUGGAGAGCAUGAAGGAGAGCUUCGUGGAUGGACUGAAGUGGAUUUCAAUGGAAUAAAUGGCAGCUUGACUCAGGAGUUGGUCUCCAAAUAAGAGUACCACUAAAGAAGGGCUCAAAGGAUGAGCAGUAAGACACUCAGUAAGGAUGACAUGACAUGGACCUUGUGGUUGAUUGGUGUAUGUAGAAUCGCCAGAAUGUAUCCGUAAAGUGGAACGAACGGUGGAGAAGAUGAUUUUUUAAAGAAAACCUGUUUCGUCAUACAGUUUGCACACAUUGCAUUUUCAAAGAACCCAAGUACUGAAGAUGUUACGAGAAAAGCCACAUGAGGAGAACUGCUUAGCACACAGUUGGCAGACACAAAGCCAUGUUGAAAAUUCAACUAUGGACCAGUUAACGGGUCAGGCGAGAUCAGUGGACGUUGCUGCUGCACUUGAAUGUGGGUCGUGUUGUCAGACCUGAAGAUCUAGAAUGUUCUUGAAGAAAACGAAUCGUUGUUGUCGGAAGAAAACCUUGUAUCUCCACAAUGGUAACUUUACAGGAGAAGAAUAAAACCUGCUCUGCUUUUAAUGUAAGUCAUUUUAGGUCAUUUCUUUUAGUCUGUUCAUUGUGAAAUUUACAUACAAUGUAAAGGGCAACAGGUAUUUUCAUUCAAAUUGUGUAGAAAAACGGAAAAAAGUCAAAAAUGGAGAUACAAGGUUUUCUUCAGACAACAGCGAAAUGCUUCUCUGUCACUGUAUUCACAGUGAGGUUUUGA